AUGGCUCAAAAGACUGCAGAUGAAAUUGGUCUUUUGAAAAGAAUUAAGUUGGCCAACGUCCACCUUCAGUUAGCUGACCAGUCCAUUAUCAAGCUUAGAGGAAUCGUGGAAGAUGUCCUCGUUAAGGUUGAUAAGUUCAUUCUGCUUGUGGACUUUAUGAUUUUGGACAUGGAAGAGGAUAAAAACAUGCCUAUUUUGUUUGGACGACCAUUCUUGGUCAUAGGUGACGUGACUCUCCAUGCUAGAGACAACACUGUAACUUUUAGAGUCAAUGAAGAGGAGAUAAAUCUCAAGGGUGCAGGGGCACAAAAAAGCCCAUGGACUUCAAGUUUGUGUUUGUUGGAGAGGAUGAGCCGCUCCCAAUUCUCAUCUUCACUCAUCUCAAGCCUAUGGAAGAAAAAGGGCUUGUGGCAUGGUUGA